AUGGCGCGCAAUUCCGAAAAGGCGCAGUCCAUGCUCUUCCGCUUCCGUGAAGCCCAAGCCGCAGAUCUUGGAAUCCUCGAUGCAGGCCGCUCGCGGCGCCCGAAGCUAAUCACCUCCGAAACCUCUAUUCCGGCAUGCGAGAAAUGGCGUGGACAAGUGCUGAAGGAGAUCUCGCGCAAGGUCUCGAAGAUCCAAGACCAGGCGCUGAGUGACUUCAUGAUCCGCGACUUGAACGAUGAGAUCAACAAGGCUAUGCGGGAGAAACAUAUGUGGGAGGUGCAAAUUCGGAACCUGGGAGGGCCGAAUUACAUGAGGAGUGCGAAGGUUUACGAUGAGGCUGGUCGGGAAAUACAAGGCGCCGGGAAGGGAUAUAGGUAUUUUGGUCGGGCAAAGGAAUUACCGGGUGUGAAAGAGCUCUUUGAGGCGCAGUCGAAGCCGAAAGAAGAGAAGCCGUUGGAGAGUCGUGCGGAUCUGAGGAAACAAGUCGAUGCGGCAUAUUACGGGUAUAAUCUGGAUGAAGAGGAUGGAACGUUACUCGACUACGAACUAUUCAAGGAGAAGGAAGCGUUUGAUAAUCUUCUUAAGCAGGGGAAUGGGGAGAUUUCGGAUAGUUGGGAGCCACUUCCUGGGGCUAAGGGGGAUGGAGAGGGCUGGAGGCUGCCGACACUGGACCAAGUGCAAGAGGAACUGGUUGAAAGGAGACGAAAGAGAUUACUGGACAAGCUGGGAUAA